AUGCCUAAGGUUACGAGUUGUAACGCCAGCCUCUGUAACGCGUUGCAACAGUGGGCUCAACUCGCGAGAGAACGCGAGUUACAGGGUAACUGCAGCAGCAACGACCCAGCAAUCCGUUCCAGCUGCAAACCCAACUCCUUCACGUCCUUAAAGAACGCGUUUGUAUGGCGGAUAAAUCCAGGCGCGUCAGGGACUCAGCAAUUCCCGAACGAUCCGCUAAAAGCCGUCCCGCUACCAGAAGAAGAGGUGGAGAGGCAGCAGUCGGGCGGUGUGGGGCAGAUCUGCACGGAGGGGUGGAAACGCGGCGUGCUGGCGCGACUGACGAGCAGCGUGUACGUUCGACAGAUGCUGGCGGACAACCAGACGCGCAUGGAGAACAUCACCGCCGGGAUCGACGCUGUGUGUGCGCGCGCGCGGGAGGUGGAGGACGGGCUGCUGGCCAGCAUUCGAAACGGCAGCGGUGCUGCCACGUCAGCGUGCGGUGACUGGCCUGAGGCGUGCUGGCCCGUGCCGCACAUGCCCUUCGCCACGCUCUCUGACUUCCCGCGGCGGCGGUACCUGGUGUUCGCCAUGUCGGAGGAGCAGCUGAGCAACGCGCGCACGCACAUCAUCGAGGCGGCGCGCCUCGCUCAGAUGUCCAACCGCAUCCUCGUGCUUCCCAAGGCCAGUCGGAGCCACCUGUCGCUGGGCCGCUCCCUACCCCUCUGUGCCUACUGGGACCUCACCAAGCUGGCCGCCACAUCCGAGUGGGUGUCGCCGCAGCUCUUCCUGCUGCUCGCUCGCGCUGCCCUGCCCAACCCGUCUGUGGGCUUCAUGUGGGUGCAGUCGCCCUACCUCGAACGCACUGCCUUCCACUAUGCCUCGGAGUUCCUGGGGCAGCUACUACCGUUCGCCAUGGGAGGCUAA